GUAGCCAGCUUCAGAUCGUUCGAAGUCUGACGAGAGUUUCUUCUGCACUUCCGCCUGCAAGCAAACGGAUCUCUUUUCCGUUUGUAAACUUAGUCAUGGCGGUGGGUAAAAAUAAAGGGCUCUCGAAAGGAGGCAAAAAGGGAGUUAAGAAGAAGAUCGUCGAUCCGUUUACUCGCAAGGACUGGUACGAUGUCAAGGCACCGUGCAUGUUCACCACUCGCCAAGUUGGCAAAACUCUGGUUAACAGAACCCAGGGAACCAAGAUCGCCUCCGAGGGUCUGAAAUUCCGUGUUUUCGAGGUUUCUCUCGCGGAUCUCCAGAGCGACAAUGAUGCGGAAAGAUCAUUCCGUAAAUUCCGUUUGAUCGCCGAAGAUGUCCAAGGACGCGCGGUUCUUACCAACUUCCAUGGUAUGGACUUGACGACCGACAAGCUUCGUUCAAUGGUCAAGAAAUGGCAGACCCUCAUCGAAGCUCAUGUCGAUGUUAAGACUACUGACGGCUAUUUGCUCCGAGUAUUCUGUAUUGGUUUUACUAACAAGGAUCAGAUGAGCACUAGAAAAACGUGUUACGCUCAGCACUCUCAGGUCCGACGUAUCAGAGCAAAAAUGGUUGAACUUAUCACCAACGAUGUAGCCAAGAGUGAUCUUAAAGGUGUCGUAAGCAAGCUUCUCCCUGAUGCAAUUGCCAAAGACAUCGAAAAGGCUUGCCAGGGUAUUUACCCCUUACAUGACGUUUACAUUCGCAAGGUCAAAGUAUUGAAAAAGCCCCGUUUCGAGUUGAGCAAGCUUUUGGAGCUUCAUGGUGACGGUGGCAGCGGCGGCGGCGGUGGUAAGGCCGGAGAAGGUGGUGAGUCUGGCUCAAAAGUUGACAGGCCUGAGGGUUAUGAACCACCAGUACAGGAGUCCGUUUAAAUUCCAUCAAAACGCGGAAUACUUUUAAAAAUAAAAAACUAAAAACUACAAAA